AUUUUGAAAGUGUUUCACGUCGAAAUUUGCGUUUGACGUCACACCGGUUCCUAGUGUUUGAGGAAGUGCGUUGGGAGCAGCAGCAACAGCAGCACAUGAUUUGUUUGUAAAGUAUAAAGAUGACAGUGUGCAGUUUCUUUCUUCAAGGCCGCUGCAGAUACGGAGAUAAAUGCUGGAACGAGCAUCCGAGAGGCGGAAGAGGCGGAGAUUACGGAGCAAACCACCAUCAUCAGCAGCAGCAGCAGCACCACCAACAGCCGCAGCACCACCAGCACAGCAGAGGAGGGUUCGGGAAUCGUGUGUGGGUGAACCCAUCUCAGCGCUCCGGUGGCGGUUACAUCCAGCCCUCCACCUUCUCUCGUGAUGGUUCAGACUGGAGCAAAGGAGACGUGAAGAGCUCUGAAUUCAGCUUCUCCAACCAGAACAGAUUCUCAGCACUAAACCCUCAAGAUAACAAUGAUAAAGGCGGACAAACACCAGCCGAUGAUAAUAAUAAUCAUGUUGAUACCAUUCAGAAGGACAUGGAGGUCUGGCAGAGUUCUGGCCAGUGGCCGUUUUCCUGUUAUUCUCUCCUCACCGUUCAGAUCUCAGGGUUUGUGGAGCUGAGUCCUGAAGAACUGAGACUGGAAUAUUACACCCACAGAGCAUCUGGAGAUCUUCAGCCGUAUGUGAACUCUGUACAGCAGCUGUCCAACCAGUGGAGCAGCAGAGUUCAGGAGCUUCAAACCAUGAACAGCUCCACUCAGAUCAGUGUGAUAUCAGAGCUCAAUAACACAAGUCCUCAGACAUCAUCACAGGGAUUAGGCUCCAACUCUGGGUUCAAAUCAGCAUCCGGGUUCGGAUCCACAGCGGGAUCCGGGUUUGGAUCCACGUCAGCAUCCGGGUUUGGAUCCACAUCAGUGUCCGGGUUUAAAUCAGGAGGGUUUGGUUCCAGUUCUCAGAGCAGUAACACUUUCAGCUUCGCCUCAUCCAAAGCUGGUUUUGGAUCAUCUGAUACUCAACAGGCCCUGGGUUUCGGCAGCGCAUCAGUCGUUCAGCCUCCUUCAGGCUUCGGUACCGCUCCCCCGUCCGCUGCCACCUUCUCUUUCGCUGCUCCAGCUGCAGAGAACACACCUAAAACCGGCGCAUUUGCCUCCGCUGCUGGCUUCAGUUUCAAAUCAUCCUCAUCCAGCUCAUCCGCAGGUGGAUUCAGCUCAGCGUCAGCAUCAGUAGCGGGCAGCGCUGUCAGUGGAACUGGAGAUGUUGGGGACCGAUUGUUCAGUGCUCACAGUGAUCUGACAGCUGAAGAACUGGAAGAGUUCAGAGCCAAACACUUCACAUUGGGACAAAUCCCCCUUAAACCACCUCCCGCAGACCUGCUCGUGGUCUAACACUGACUCUGGGGGUUUUGGAGCGGGCUCAUAUUUUAAUGCAAUGUGAAUAAACAUGUUUAUAGAAAUGA